GUGCGCGUGUCUACGCCAACCUCUACGGGACACGGUUUCAGUGAAACCCGCCUCUUUCUCGUGGCGGCGUGGCGCAGCGCAGCUGAGAGUAGAGACGCAACGCUUGACUGGUGGCUGCAGUGCGGCCAUCUAUAAGCAGGCCGCGAGCGCGCGCUGAGCAGUCGAGCCAUCACCACCUCAACCGACGGCUCGCCGCUCUCCUACUCCUCCCAACCCUCCCGUCCCACCACCUCCCAUCACCCGCCAGCUGCAGCAGCUAUGGCGUCGCCUCCGCCCGACGUGGACCUGGGCAAGCUCAGCUACGAGAUCUUCUCGCUGCUGGAGAGCAAGUUCCUCUUCGGCGCCGGCUCCGUGCCGGGCACGCCGGGGCGGCCGGGCCCCGGCGAGGACAGGGACAGGGGCAGGGUGCGGGUGCUGGCGAUCGACGGGUGCGGGCCGGGCCCCGGCGACGCGCUGCUGGCGGCGGCCGCGCUGGCGAGGCUGGAGGCCGCGCUGCGGGCGCGCGCGGGGGACCCCGACGCGCGCGUCGCCGACUUCUUCGACGCCGCGGCCGGGGCCGGCGCCGGGGGCGUGCUGGCCGCGAUGCUGCUGCUGCGGGGCGACGACGGGAGGGCGCGGUACACGGCGGCCGACGCGCUGGCGUUCGUGGCGUCCAGCCUCGGGAGGCACGGCGGGUGGGGCGGCGGCGUCGGCGGCGGGCUCCGGAGCAGGUGGGCCGCGCUGUUCCGGCGCGGGGAGAGGCCGUCGCCGCUGCGGCGCGUGUUCGGGGACGCCACGCUCAGGGACACCGUGGCGCCGCUGCUGGUCCCCUGCUACGACCUGGCCACGGCGGCGCCCUUCCUCUUCUCCCGCGCCGACGCCGUGGAGAGCGACAGCUUCGACUUCCGGCUCCGUGACGUGUGCGCCGCCACCUGCGCCGGUGGUGGUGCCGCGGCGGCCGUGCGGUCGGUGGACGGGCGCACGGCCAUCGCCGCCGCGUCCGGCGGCGUCGCCGCCAUGGGCAACCCCACCGCGGCCGCCAUCACGCACGUGCUCCACAACAAGCACGAGUUCCCGCUCGCCGCCGGCGUCGACGACCUCCUCGUCGUCUCCAUCGGCUCGGGAUGCUCCGCCGGCGCCGCACCUUCCGCCGGCUGGCGCACGCCCAUCCCGCCGCGCUCGCCGUCGCCCGCCGAGAUGGUACGCCUCACCGCCGAGGGCGUCGCCGACAUGGUCGACCAAGCGGUGGCCAUGGCGUUCGGGCACACGUGCGGGCGCAACUACGUUCGCAUCCAGGCGUCGUGCUCCGGGAGAAAGGCGCUGCGGUCGCUGGACGCGAAGAAGGCGGCAGCGGCGGCGGACGGCAUGCUGGCGCAGCGGAACGUGGAGGCGGAGCUGUUCCGGGGGCGGCGGGUGUCGGAGAAGUCGAACCGGGAGAAGCUGGACGCGUUCGCGGCGGAGCUGGUGAAGGAGCAGCAGCGGCGGGCGCGCAGCCCGGGCCUGCCCACCGUGGUGAUCAGGCAGGCGCGCCCCACGGCCACGGCCACGCCGCGACUGUCGUCCGCCACCACCGCCUCCUCCGCCACCGUCCGGACCGCCUCCACCGUGCCGUCCCCGGCGUCGCAGGGCUCCUACCAGCAUUAGCCGCCGACGGCGGCCGUCGUCCGUCCUGAGUUUUGUACAUGCCGCCGUGGACAGAGGAGUGCAUAUGCGACCUCCACCCCUCCCUCCUCUCCCUCUCUCUUUUUUUACCCACACGUCGAUGGCGAUGAGCCACUGAUAUGUGGGUCCAGCCGUCCAAGACAGAGCUAAAACGUGGUGAAAGUAAGUUAUAGGAUGGAUGUAGUAACUUAUUUAUUAUAUAUGCCGCCCAAGUUUGAGAGGAAACAAAAAAAAAGGUGACCACCACCGUGUUUCGUGCGCCGACGCCGAGCAGUAUAGCGAUGUAGCGUGGAGGAGGAAUGCAAAAAAAAUAAAAAAAAUGGAAUUGGGUGCUAUUCAAAGUGUUCA